CUACAGCGCCUUCCUGCCCUACACCGCCGACCUCAGCCUCUUCUCCCAGAUGGGCUCCCAGUAUGAACUGAAGGAUAACCCAGGUGUCCACCCUGCGACCUUUGCUGCCCACACUGCUCCUGGCUAUUACCCCUACGGACAGUUCCAAUAUGGGGACCCAGGACGGCCUAAGAAUGCCACCAGGGAGAGCACCAGCACCCUGAAGGCCUGGCUGAACGAGCACCGGAAGAACCCCUACCCCACCAAGGGCGAGAAGAUCAUGCUGGCCAUCAUCACCAAGAUGACCCUCACCCAGGUCUCCACCUGGUUCGCCAACGCCAGGAGGAGGCUGAAGAAGGAGAACAAAGUCACCUGGGGAGCAAGGAGUAAGGACCAAGAAGAUGGUCACCUCUUUGGGAGUGACAACGAGGGAGACCCCGAAAAGAACGAAGACGACGAAGAAAUCGACCUGGAAAGCAUAGACAUUGAUAAAAUCGAUGAGAACGACGGGGAACAGAGUAAUGAAGAAGAGGAGGAGAAAUCUGAGCUCCUGAGACAAAGCAGCGAAGAUGAACAUUUGGAAAAAGAAAAGGAUUUGUCAUUGUCAGCCUCUGAAGGUCUGAAACCCAAAGACUCUUUCUCCCUGGUAAAGGAGGCCUCUGACAACAGUACACGUAUCAUAACCCCCAAUGGACAGAAUAAUUUACAGGUGCCACCGCACAGCAAACCCAAGAUUUGGUCUUUGGCAGAGACAGCAACCAGCCCUGAUGGCGCCCUGAAGUCUUCUCCUCCUCCUCCUUCUCCUUCUCAUUCCCAGGUUAACCACACUUCCACUCAGAUCCAGCAUCCGGCUUUCCUCCCUAGCCAUGGACUCUACACGUGCCAGAUUGGCAAAUUCCACAACUGGACAAAUGGGACUUUCCUCACGCAGGGUUCCCUGCUAAAUGUGAGGUCUUUUUUGGGAGUAAACCACCAUCAUGCUGCUCAUCAUAACCACCACCUCCAGGCCCAGCAGCAGCCUUCUGUGCUAACAACAAGCCUGGGAGCUCUAAGCAGUGAAAAGCCUACAGAGAGGACCAGUCCCAAACAUAUAGAACGAGAAAAUGCACCCAGGACUGAAACCCCACCUCAGCAGUUAAAAUCGCCUUUCCAGCCUGUCCGUGACAACUCUUUGGCUCAGCAAGAGGGAACACCGCGAAUUUUAACAGCUCUCCCUUCUGCUUGAUUAAAUGGGUUGGUGGAAAAACUAUUUCAGAGACUGGUAUAAAGGACAAAAACAGUGAAACGAUGUAAACGGCUCCCAUCCAUCUCUCUUUGCAAUAAGGUGGUGCAAAUCCAUAAAGGCGAUUACACAAAUCUGUAGAUGGAUCCCCUUCUCCACUGUACCAUUUCAGAUCGUGUUACUCUAACCAUUCUUGAAUUAUUUGUUUGGUAAAUGUUUCCCAUGUGUUUGUGUUUUUUUCUGUAUAUAGCGUGAUUUCAGAUUGUAAAUAGCGCGUCAGCAAAACUUGUCUAAAUCAUAUAUUUUUGUCUAAUAAACUAAAUGAAAUUAUGAAACUUCCUCAGGUAUGUAUUUUAUUGUUGCAGAAUUUAAACUUAAAUUAGACAGCUAAUCAAACAGGCAUUGCUUUCCUCUUAAAUAUUAGAGGGGUUUUCCCCUGACUUUAAAAAUCACUAAAUGGAGGCUUUUGCUUCAUGGUUAGUGAAAGGUAAAUCCUCUGAGCCAAGCUGCGAAUUUUCUGUUUCGUGCACGUACAUUUAAAGAGUUGAGUGCAAUUUUUUGUUGGCUAGCUAGAUGAUAAUCACCCUUUCAACUAGUAAGGGACAAAAAUGCUCAGACACAAUCAUGUCCAAAAGUGUAGGUGGUUUGAUUUCUAGAUACUCUAUACAAUUCACUUUUGAAAGUACAAAAGAGAGAAGUUUUCUCUGUUUGUUAACAUAUAACUUGACUAAAUCAACUUGUAAAUUGGAUCGCCGGUAAAUUAUGUUUCUAGUCCAUAUUUUGUGCUGACUAGGAAAACAGUGGAGUAGGAAAUUGUUCUUUAGUUUUGUCUGUAGUUAUUCUUUAAACAACAGAAGAAAUAUAACUGUUGAAAGAUGUUUGUAUUUGACUUUUAGUAAAAUCCCAAUAGAAAAUAUGGGAAAGGAAAUGGUAGCUACUAUACUUUCCCAGAGUGUAUGUUACAAGUUUUGUGCUUUUGGUUAGAAGGAAACAGAAGAAAAAAAGAAGGCACCAGUUUAUAGAGGCAUACUUUAGAUUGGCAUUAAUCUUCCAAAGACAAACCGUUAAAAUUUGUAAUAUUUUCAGUGUUUCCUUCUUCUUUUUUUCUCCUAAAGGAGAACACGAAAUGAGCAUUGAAGUGCUAAUAAGCUACCAGAUGGUUGUUGAUGGUGGAAAAUAGAAAGAAGCAGCUGGGAAAGUCAUUAAGAAAUAAUGUGGUGACGCCUUAUCCAAACUGAAUCAACCUCAGAACAGGAGUUGUCUGAAACAAGACUAGAUUUUGAAAUAAAAUAUUAAUAAAACCCCCAUCAAGGUUCAGAAUACUGGUCUGGGUGUAGCUGUAAUAUCAUUGAUUGCAAAGAUGGUUUCUGUGUAAACUGCUGCUCAGACAUAUCGUUAGAAGAUGUUUGAGUUUUAUUUUAAAUUUGUUAAUAUGGAAUUAUAUUCUUGCAAGAACUGGUGCGGGAUAUGUGCGGUGCUUGAAAUGUAUAUUGUGGUUUGUUUUCCCCUCUGGGAAAGCAGUUAAUUUUGAUGCACUUUGCAGGCAAUUAGCAUACAACCUUUUUAAUGUUUUUUAAAUCCUAAUCAAUUCUAACCUUUCUAAUAUUAAACUUUUCCAGUUUCAAACAAAAAUAGAGCUUGAUUAUUUCGAAAAACUGCUGAGCAUUUAAAAGGAGACAAGCAGUGAAGUAUUUCAUGUAAAUCAUCCACGUUUCUUAAAGCCAGUUACAAUACCAACUAACUGUAGGUAUUAAACUUGACUGGAUUCCUGGGGCUCAACAGCAAGUAAAUAGAAACAGCUGCAGCUUCGCUAUCCGUUGUCACAGACAAACUUUUCUUGCGCUUCAAGGGGUAGCCUUGGACUCUCUGUUCCCGGAUCAUAACAUAAUUACCAGUGGUAGAUCCGGAUACUCAAGGAAUUCAGAAUCGGACCCAUUUUUGGCUGCCCAUUUGGCUUUCAUAAACGGGCAUCUUUCAUUUUAAAAAAGCACACAAUGCUGCUUUGUGAGACUAAGCAAACAAAGUGGUGCCAAGCUGGCUUGCGAGGAGAAGAAGGAGAUUGCUUCAUAUUAAGGCAAGAAGGGUCUUUAAUUGUUGAGAGGGGGGAGGUGCAGGCGCGCCCUCCGCCUGCACGUUGCAUGUAGGAGAGUUUGGGGACUGGAAAUUGGCUUUGCUUGGAUCACUUGCACUUGAGCUGCCGAACUGGGGAGUC